ACCGGCUAGCGAGUCUGUUGUCGAGUUGACACCCUCCUCAAACCUCGGCAGCAGCCAAGCUGCAUAGUCGACAUGGCAAGAAAAUAUCGCAACAGUUUUCUGAAAAAGGAUGAAAAUCUUCCAAGUCUUUUGGAAUGAUAUUCAUCACGCAAUGUGAUCCAAAAACCACAAUGUGUGAGGACAUUUAAGAACGAUUGAGUUCGGAAGAAAGAAAUCUUGAUUCCAGUGGAAUCUUCCAUAUAUAUAUAUAUAUAUAUAUAUAUAUGCAUAUAUAUUAUUAUUAUAUAUUUUUUUCCUCUGUGUAAAAGCUUACAUAUAUUUACACACACACACUCGUCCCAUUGACAUACAACCAUGCCAGUGCAAGCACCACAAUGGACAGAGUUCCUGCUGUGCCCGAUCUGCACACAGACAUUUGAGGAGACCGUUCGCCGGCCCAUCAGCCUCGGUUGUGGACAUACUGUCUGCAAGAUGUGCCUGAACAAGUUGCACCGCAAGGCCUGUCCCUUUGACCAGACGGCCAUCAGCACAGACAUCGAGCAGCUGCCUGUCAACACAGCCCUGCUGCAGCUGGUGGGAGGCCAGGUUCCUAAGGCUCAGCCAGUUGCCUUGAUUACCAGUCAAGAGGACUCGCAGCAUUAUGAGGAGGCCAGGCAGUGUGUGGAGGAGCUGGCUCUCUACCUCAAACCCCUCAGCAACACCCGAGGUGUGGGUCUGAGCAGCACGGCCCAGAGCAUACUGAGUCGACCCAUGCAGAGGAAACUGGUAACUCUGGUCCACUGCCAGCUGGUGGAGGAGGAGGGCCGUGUUAGAGCCAUGAGAGCUGCCCGCUCUCUUGGUGAGCGAACUGUCACCGAACUCAUCCUGCAGCACCAGAAUCCUCAGCAGCUCUCCUCCAAUCUGUGGGCUGCUGUCCGCGCACGGGGAUGUCAGUUUCUCGGCCCAGCAAUGCAGGAGGAAGCUCUAAAGUUGGUUCUUCUUGCCCUAGAGGAUGGUUCUGCUCUGUCCAGGAAGGUGUUGGUUCUCUUUGUAGUCCAGAGACUUGAGCCACGAUUCCCACAGGCUUCUAAAACCAGUAUAGGCCAUGUGGUGCAGCUCCUCUACAGGGCCUCCUGUUUCAAGGUGACCAAACGUGAUGAAGAUUCAUCCCUGAUGCAGCUGAAAGAGGAGUUUCGUACUUACGAGGCUCUGCGGCGCGAGCAUGACUCUCAGAUUGUUCAGAUUGCCAUGGAGGGAGGGCUGCGCAUUGCACCUGACCAGUGGUCUUCUCUGUUAUAUGGAGAUCAGUCUCACAAGUCACACAUGCAGUCUAUUAUAGAUAAGCUGCAGACCCCGGCAUCUUUUGCUCAAAGUGUCCAAGAGCUGACGAUCGCGCUGCAGAGGACUGGUGACCCAGCCAACCUCAACAGACUGCGGCCCCACCUGGAACUACUGGCCAACAUUGAUCCCAGUCCUGAUGCCCCCCCUCCUACAUGGGAGCAGCUCGAGAAGGGGUUGGUAGCAGUGAAGACAGUGGUGCACGGCCUGGUGGACUUCAUCCAGAACCACAGCAAGAAGGGAGCUGAUCCCCAACAGCCUCCCCAGCACAGCAAGUACAAGACAUACAUGUGUCGUGACAUGAAGCAGAAAGGAGGCUGUCCCCGUGGAGCCAGCUGCACUUUUGCUCACUCUCAGGAAGAACUGGAGAAGUAUCGCAAGAUGAACAAGCGCCUGGCAGCGCGUCUCCCUGGGCCAGGAGGGCUCAUGCCAGAUGACGGCCUUCCUCUUGAUGUAGCAGUGACCCGGAAGCCUUCGCCCCUCCCUAAUGGCAGCAUUGCACCCUCUUUGCCGCAGCUCAUUGCUCGUGGCACUGACAAUGUCCCAUACGAGCUGUUGCGUAAGCCCAUGAAGAUGGAUGGAGGAAGUCCCAGUGCGCCUGGAUCACCACCUGAUAUUCUGGACCCCAAACCUGGUAUACCUUUACCACCUCACGCCAUGGCCCACCAAAGGAUGGCAGCGGACCACCUCUCUGGGAUGAAGCACAUGCCUGUGGUACCCAGAAGUUCGCCAGUGUACCCUCAGCCGCAGCUCCCUGAGAUGUGCUAUGAAACUCGCCCGCCACCUUCUGCUUCUCAGUACGAUCCGCCGCAGUACCCCACUGGAUACCCCUACCAGCAGCCGCCACAAUAUGUUCAUCGGGAUUACAUCCGUAAUCCUCCUCCCUCCAAUGAUUCAGGACCCCCUUACCAGGAUCCCUACCCUGGCUAUGGCCCUCCAGAGCGCCCCUAUCAGGCCCCUCACUCUGGCCCAACCUUCUCCUACCCUCACACUCCACAUUAUGACCGAGGACGCCACGGAACCUACUCUGGUCCACCACCUCCCCCACAGCCUUACCCAUCGCAGAGGGACAACCUGGUCAGAAUGAGUCCUGCGCCUCUGGAUGUUCCCCCGCCAUCAGCUGGACAGGCAAACUCACUUUACCACCAGGAGCCCAGUGGCCGCGAUAGAUACCCACCAGAUGGCUACUAUCCACCAGGUGCCCAGGCUCCACCCAUGAGGGCUUAUGUCAGGGGGCCAUCGUAUAGUGGUCCACAGCCCAGCCUGGACUAUCUGCACCGACGUCGGCAGGAGCUGUUAUCCCAGCUAGAGGAAAGGAAGGUCAUCUCCCCUCCACCAUUCGCCGCAUCCCCUACUCUUUCUCACCCCUUCCCCUGCGACUACCCUCCUGAGUACGGCGAAGAGAACUCCAAAACCAUGGGGAAAUGCAGAGAGUCUGACUACGCAGGACAAUACUCUCCCUGGUCUUGUGAAACCAUUGGCUCCUACAUUGGCACAAAGGAUGCCAAACCCAAAGAUGUUAUGGUUUCUGGAACCAUGGAGAUGAUGAACGUGGAGGCUAAGGGCCUGAGGGAUCCGUCACUAGAGGCUCCUCGGAGGGGCACAGAAGUGAAGGACGAUGACCCCAUUAUCCCAUUUGGUCCCCAGCCCACUGUAUCACGUUUUGGUGCCAUCUCCCGCACCUCAAAGACGGGCUACCAGACCACUGGCCCUGUGCAGGCUAUGGCUUCCACGCCUCAGAACCCAAACUCUAAACAUAUGGCCAUGUCAGCAGAAUACGCAUAUGGAGGCCAUGGAGGAUGGGGUGGAGCUUCAUACCCCCCCCACCAGACUGCCUCCUCCUCUCAGGGACACUUCAGUGAGCGCCUACCCAUGGCAGCCUCAGACAGAGAACAGUUAAAAAUCGAGCUGCAGCAGGUCAACCAGCAGAUAACCCAACAGACCCAGAUGCACAGCAUGGAGGCUGCCAGUAAUUCUUUAAUGCUGCAGAGGGAGCAGGGUGUGCAGCCCCACCAGGGCCAGUCUGCCGCUGCAGCCGCAGCCGCCCAGCAGCAACAACAGCCCAAGUGGCCAGCAGGGGGAGCGAGUGCAACGGCUGUCUCCAGUGAACAGCUUAGCCUGGAGCUCCACCAGGUGGAGAGAGAGAUUGGCAAAAGGACCCGAGAGAUGGCUAUGGAAAACCAAGUAGCACAUGAUGUCCAGCAGUACAAGAUGAAACCUGCAGAGAAUGGACAACCGGAGCACAAGACUCAGCUGGAAGAAAUCUCGCUGGCUCUUGGCGAGGUGUCAAACGGCUCGAACAGUCUGCAAGAAAGUGCAGUAGGCGGGUCCAUGCUGUCACUGACCAACAAGACGUCUACGCUGAGCCUGUGUUCUGACCCAGGUGCCACUGGUUCAGAGAUGCAGAAGAAUGGCGUCGUCCAUUCCUGCUCUUAGGCAGUACACACAUACACAACACACACGCGCACACACGCACACACACUCAAAAUGCUCGAUUGAAAAGCAUGCACAGGCAACACAUACACCCAUUCUAUUUAGAAGAUGAGCAGUAUCUGCCGUGAUAUGAAUUUUCUUUCUUUUUGUUCUGUGAAUGAGCUUUUUUUUAAUGACUUUCCUUGCCUGGAAACCAGGGCAUAUGAUAACAUUUCUUGUGUUUUUUCUUUUUCUUCUUCUUUUUUUUUGUACUGGGAUUAUAGAUUAACAAGGCUCAUAGUAGAUAAACCAGAAAGAGAAAAAUGGUGGUGAUGUUGACAAUAUUAUCUUAACCUCAUUCAGAAAGGAUAGACCUGGUCCAACCUUUAAUAAACACACAAGCGUAGUCAAAUAUUUGAUUGAUUCUCCCCAAAUAAGAUUUUUGGUUUCAUUGUCCGCGCAUACAUGUAAGUGAACGGUUAGUUGCAGAGGAGUUAAUAAGCACUAUCACAUCACAUGCACUAUGAAGAACUUCUCUUCUUACAUUCUCAUGAUAUGUGAAGGUUAUGUAGGGAACCACUAUGGAGAGAAAUUAGUCUCAUAAUGGUCACAAAUGCGUAUCACGUGAUCUACGAGUGAAAAAAGGCGUACAAUGAUCGUGUUCAAAUCCACACAAACACAAAGCAAUUUGUGCACAGUUUGACAAAUGCCCGCGUCACAAACUGUAUAAAUACUAAUAUUUUACAGACAGAUUUUGAACUUCAACUUCACAGUUGGAAUAAUUUUUUUCUUGAAGUUGAAGUUAAAAAUCUUUUUGUGUGUGGAUUUGUACCCAAAGUAAUGCAGAAAUCAUUGCACAGAAUUGUAACUCUUUAGUUUUCAUUUGUAGAUCAUGUGAUACACAUCUGUGACCGUUAUGAGAUUUAUUUUUCGCCAUACACAGCAGAGGUGUGUUGUAUGGUUCUCACCCCCAGAAUCGUAAAAAAAGUGGUUGCUCAGAUGUAGAUGGUCUGAGGAGGGAAAAUCGGUACAAUGUUCUACCAGUAUUCAGCAGGAACUGCACGAUGUUGUAGACAUCACCUUUGCACCACAUGCACUUCCUCACCUGCCACAGGAAGUAUGACUCUUUUUUUAUUAAUGCAUUUUAUGAACACAUCAUAUAUCUGUUUCAUACUUGAAAGCAGUAUAUUCUAUAUUUAAUUGUGGCAUUCUGUUUUAAAGAUUGCAACAACCUUUUGAUAACAAGUUUUCUAUGAGAGAAAUGUACCAGUGUUUCUCUUGGUCAUGGUGUGACCUGAUGUGGUUCUGUUACAAUGCCUUUCCCCUGCGCUCCAAAUGGACUGCAUUCAGUCCUGUUCAUCUAUGUUGUGAAAUAUUUCGCAGCAUGCUCAAUUGUUUUUUUUUUGGGUACAUCUUUCUGCUUCAGGAGUCGGAUGAAUGAGUGCAUCUUGACUUUAUAACGUCAGGGGUUAAAAAAAAAAAUAUAUUUUUCCCUCCUCAGAGCUUCUCAUCUAGCCACACAGAAGGCCUCCCCAUUGGGAUUAUCUCGUCAUUUGUUCUCCUAACUUCUAUGAAGUUGCCUUCCCUUGUGUCUUUUGUUGACUUUUGUUUUAUUUUUUUCAUGCUUUACGUUGUUACGAUUUUGGGGGGGGGGGGUUGAGGCUUACAACCCAAACCCAGACUUAAAUGUCAAACUAAAAAAUGGCUGUUGUAGUGUUUUUGGCUACAACAACACCAACAUUCUAUAUAUGAUAUACAAUGCAAAGUCUACAAUACAACAAGCACAGUGCAAAGUAGGCUUUGGUGCAAAAUAAAAAUAUACAUUUUGAUUGUGCGUUUUAACUUUCAGAUUGGAGACUUAGACGGUGGGCGCUGUGGUGUUGUGCAGUCUGAAGGCUGACGGAACAAAAGAGCCUCUCGACCACUUUGAGGCUCGUGGCUGAACGUGCUCCUGAGUUGCCUCAGUUGAGCACAGAGGGGAUGAGAGGGGUUGUCCAUAAUUGCUAUCAACUUUCCUCUUAUCCUCUUCUCUGUCACUGCCUCAGCAUUUUCCAGUUCCAUCCCCAUCACAAAGCUGGAUUUCCUCACCAGCUCGUUCAGUCUGCCAACGCCACAGCUUCCUCAGUGUUGUCCAAGUAGUCCAGUUUGUUGUUGAGUUGCACCCCCAGGAACUUGUUGCAGUCCACCAUCUCCGCUUCCUCACCCAUUAAAGGGGCAACAAGCGAUUCUAAACCAACACGUUUUGUAAAAAUUCGGCGAAUAAUUCCCGUCCAUUAGCUGUCGCUUUUGUGUUUGUGCUGGAAAAAAAAAUCAAGGUUUUCGGCUCAGCUCCGGCAACGUAAAUCUAACACUAAAAAAUGGUGUGGACCGGACCACACAACACUGAGUGCAGUUUGUAAACAUCACUCGUCAACACCUUAAGAGACGUGCUGGCAGGUUGCGCUGCAACUCUGCGGUUUUGACCUAGUGGUUAGUGCGUUGGACUCCUAAACUGAGGAUACCAAGAGUAAAAUCACAAAAACAACAAAAAAGAGAAAUAAGCUUCCUCCAGAAUCGCUUACUGCCCCUAUAAUGACAACCGGGGUGGGUGCAGGUCUCCCUUUACGUCGGACAUCCACCAGCAGCUCCUUGGUGGUUUCACACCUCCCUAAGCUCUCGAUCAGGUCUCUGCUCUCCUCCUCAUCAUCUGUGAUACGGCUGACGAUGGAGGAGUCGUAGAGGGCCAACAGAAAUGGUGACAGGGCAGUUCCCUGGGGUGUGCCGGUGUUGAUCACCACAUCGGACAAGCAGCCGUGCAGCCUGACAUUCCAUGGUAGCCGUUGGCUACUGAAGGGUUGACAAAAUAAACUUAAGUUUUGAUCAUUGAUAUUUAAGGAAUCUUUAUUGGUUAGUACAACAUUCUGGUCCCUUUAUCACAUUGAACUCGUCUUAACUUGGAGUCAUCAUCACCACCAUUCCCACUAUUAUUGCUCUUUCUCCAUCGUGUAAAUUGUUUACUGCUGAUGCUCAACACUGAGCUCUUUGCCUUCUGUGAACAAUUAGCAUGACCGACAACAAUCUCACAGCUCUGAUGAGAGCAAAAGAGCCCUUGUGCUUGAACGGUUGAAAGAUGGAGGAGAUGCUCUCACUCAAGUCAUUCUGUUUUAACGCCCGGGCCUCCGUUACAGUCGGACAAGGGGCACUGAGAAACGGACGAAUCCCUGAUAACUGAUGAGUCGAUUCAAUUCAAACACAAAUGAUUUUGUGUCUCCUUCUCAUCUGGGUUGCUUGACGGGCAUCUCUUCCAAUUAAUCCGAGCGGUGAUCUUCUUUUUUUAGUUUACCAACCACACUUCAAGCCUCUGGUUUUUCUUUUUUUUCUGGCUACAUUUAUUGUUUAGGUACACAGCUCACUUAUACAUAUGAGUAUGUAUACAUACAUUAAUAUACUAAAGCACUAUUAACGUGCCACCUCUUAUUCUACUCGCUCAGCAUUUAUAUUAAAUGAUCUCUACUUAGAAUCAGCAAAAUGUUGUUUUUUUUGUUUGUUUUUUGUUUUUUAAAUUUGUUUUCUGUCCACUGGUUGCCAACACAGACUUUAUCCUUUCCCAGACGAAGGACUUCUGUGCGCAUUGAUGUGUUUUCACUUAAUCGUUUGUGUUCAAACAAAGAUGUUCUUUAUAGACUAUGCUUCCAAAGAAGACAAAAUUCUGUAACUUUGGAUAAAUUUAUGGAGAAGUUUUGUGUGUGCUAGAUUGUAUUGUAGAAAAUGUACCCUGACUUUAAGUUUUUUUUUUCUCCCUUCAAGUGUGCUGUACUGGGUGAUAGUGUUGAGGUAUUAGACAAGUGUUGGGGUUUUUUUCUUCCCCUCCCCCAAAAAGGAUAUUCAGGAAGUCUCUAAUGAAAGGUUGGCCUUAAAUCCUCUUGUGAGAUGCCCUAAAAAAGUGUACGUAGAUGGACUCUAGCCGGCCCACCCCCACCCUUUUGAAAAAUCUUACAAACGGCAACAAUGCAGUAACGCAAAUCUCUCAUGCUAUUUUUUUUUUUUACUUAAGGAAAUGUUGUCAACCUAGCUGGGUUUGUAUUGUUUUCUUUCUGUAGUAGUUGAGUGAAUGCAUUAUCUGACCCGAUGUGUCGUCAACAGCGAGUGAGAUACACGAGUGUCUGAGGUCGCGCGGUAGUUUUGUUCCGUUUGACAACUAUUCACUCGAAAUUGGCAGCCGAGCUUAAUUCUGCUGUCAAGGACUUUGAGUAACUUGACUUAUAAAAGGGAAAAUGGGGGGUUAGCUUUGAAUUGGCAGCAUUCAUUGGUGUUAAUUCAAUAUGUUGUUUCUCAUUCUCUCUUAAGUCCCAUCAACCAAAACUAUCACAAUGUCGAGUCCACCUGACAGGUCUAUGCAGGUCUGAAUGAGCCUGAAAUGCCUUUAGCUUAGCAGAACUGACAUACCAUGACUUAAGGGGUGGUUUACUAUGUAUUAGGUAGCAAAAAAUGUUCAUUUCAAUCUACUGUGUUUUUGUUUCUUAGGGGAACUGCUGCCUCUUGCCCAAAUUUACAUGACUAGUUAACCCCUCCACUCUCGCCCUUGACCACUGAACUCUGUUACUGCUGUUUGAGGCUCACAUUUUAUUCCCUAACUUUCUGGGGAAAAAUUCGCAAAUGGCUUUUUUAUAUGAUUACUCCCAUGUAAAAUAUCUCUUAAAUUAAGGUACAGGUUUGAUUUCAGCAAGAAAAAAAGUUUUUAUAUGUAUAUUAUACUCCAUUAAGGAAUGUCUAGAAUUAUCUUCCUCCAAUGUGGAUGUAGCCAUUAUUACGCCAUUUUAUGACUUUGUAAGAGAAUUCACUGUGUGAAAAUUGGUUUGCAUUUUUGUAUAAUACAAUCUGCUUUUUUGUUAGAUACGAGAGGGAGGUCAAACUGGAAGUUUGAAGUGGAAAAAAAAAUGAACCUGUGAAAUUGAGAAAACAAAUGUAACUUAUGUACAACAGUGAUUCUAAGCUGAGGGGAAAAGAUUAAAUGAUAUUGCUAACUCUGA